GUACGCGGUCAUCCCGUUUACUCUAGCUCAACCAAUGCAGCAGUCACAACAACAGACACAGAUGCCCAUUCAGGUCAGCAUUCCAUCAGCAAGCAUUAAUCCCGAUCAGAUGUCGAGCCAGGCCAUAACUUCGGUCACUGAUGUCCCUAACACACUGUCCAGUAUGCAACCGGUCAGCCAGUCUAUGGUCCAGCAAAACAGCAUACCAUCGUCUGGGAAAAUGCCACAUCCGACAGAUCCAACAGCCAACAUAGGACUACCUGCUGGUGCUCAGGCAAUGACACUGCCCAACCCGGAACCGACUGUGUUGAGGGACAGGAAGAUCAUUUGGGCAGGUCGACUUGAAUGGCGGGAAAAGAUGAAAUCUACAGGACCUCCCCCAAUCCAAGUGUCCAGGUUACUGCAAUGUCAGUUAUCCAGCGGACUAACAGACCCAGUAAUCAAUGCUUCCAACUGGCCAACAGAUCUGAUCAUGCAGUUGAUACCACAGUUUUUGCUCAACUCCUCGCAGUUAACUCCCUUGUUUAAAAAAUCGAGACAGGUGGGGUUCCACUUCAACAGCGACAACUUGGAGGCCCUGUGUAACCUCUACAAAGUCAUGCAGACUGGUUUUGCUGGAUGUGUGCACUUUCCCUCGAGCAGUCAGUGUGAGGUCCGCGUCCUCCUCCUCCUGUUCAGCAGCAAGCGUAAGGCUUUCAUUGGUCUAAUCCCCAACGAUCAGACGGCCUUUGUCAACGAAAUCCGCAAUGCCGUCUAUGCUCACAAGGUCAAGAUGCUACAGCAACGACAGCAACGACAGCAGGGCCCUCAGCCUCCACGGGGGCCAUACACACAGGGCGUGUCUAUGGCAAUGCAGCAGCAACAAAAGAUCCAGGGUGCUCCAGGUUCCCAGCCGGUGAAACAGGUCACUCCUCAGCAGCAACAACAGCUGUUAGGUCCAUCACAAGCCAAGAAAUCAAGGCCAGGAGAUCAAGGCCAGUCUACAGGAGGGAACAAUUUACCAGCGGAGAUCCUGCAGAUGGACCCGUAUUCCAUACAGCUCUAUCAAAAGUGUUUGGAGGAAAAGGAGGAGGCAGACUAUAGUUUACGGGUGAUUGUAAUCGGUCAAACAGAGGUUGGUAAGACAACGCUUACUCGCAAUCUCUUGAGGCUUCCACGAAUUAUACCACCGGAGAGCGCAAGGAGUACUGACGGAGUUGAUAUUCACUACAGUUUUGUAAACCUGCAUGAUAACGACUGGAACACAGUUGGCACUGACAUGCAACAUGCAGGUCAAUCCCUGAAUGCAAGACUGAUACAGUCACUCAAGAGCACCACUUCAAAUGAAAGAGCAGAACCAAAAAUAGAUGGUGAAUCAUCAGACCAAACUUCUUUAACAUCUGAAGAUGGCAGCUUCAGCGCUGGUGAAUUUGACAAUGAUACUCCUGUUGGUGAUCUUGUCCUGGAGACUGUUAAAAAUUUGGUUAUGUCACAAAAAGUUCCCUCAGGUGAUUUCGAUUAUACAAAGCUUGGAGAGUUGAGUGUGUGGGACUUUGCAGGACAGUUUGUAUUCUACACAACCCACCACACUUUCCUGACCCAUCGGGCUGUGUAUCUACUGGUCACCAGGCUUGACCAAAACAUCAACGACACUGUAGAUAAUGAUCAAUGCUUUCUAGACGCCACUGGCUGCAAGAAAAUGAAAAUCAAAGAUUUUGUAUCAUACUGGAUGAACUCUGUCCACCUAUACAGCGGUGCUGCUGAACACCUGCCGCCUGUGAUACUUGUGGGAACACACCUGGACAAGGUUGAGGGAGACAUUGAAAAGAAGAAUAAAUCAUACUUUGAGGAUAUCAAGAAGUAUCUGUUGGAGACACCCACUUCUUGUCACCUGAUUGACAGAGACUACACUGUUUCCGAUCCUCCCGAUGAGCUGGAAUUGGAAAGCCUAAGGCAAAAAAUUGUGGAACUUGCAUCACAGCAAACAUACUGGGGAGAAAAGAUUCCAGCCAAAUGGAUUACCCUGGAAAAAGCAUUGAUGGAAAAGAAGAUUGAAGGUGUCAACAUCAUGUCAUAUGACAAUGUUGUUAAGCUAGACGAAAAUACUGGAGUUCCCAUUGAUGACGAAGAGAAACUAGAUUUGUUCUUGCGCUUCCAGCAUGCCAAAGGGAAUAUGAUUUACUUCAGUGAAGGUUGUCUACGGAAUCACAUAGUUCUCAACCCACAGUGGCUGAUAGAUGCCUUCAAAUGUAUAAUCACCGCUAGGCAAUUCUGCAUCAAGAACCCAAGUUUGGUUGAUCACUGGGAGGCCCUCAACCUUUCUGGAAAGCUGUAUCUAGGUAUGGUGGAUGCAAUAUUUAGAAGAGAAGACAGAUUCUGUGAACAUAAAGGGCAUAUACUGGGUCUGAUGGAACGUCUUCACAUCAUAAGUCACCAUGUAGGGAACACAGAUGAUGACAAAAGUGACACAUCAGAAAAAGAAUUCUACUUCGUGCCAUCAUUACUCAAGGACAACGUUACAGAGUGCAAAAUGGAAACCUAUGUCAAGGGCACAAACAGAACCCCCUACUUGUGUUACGUCUUCAAGAACAAUUUCCUGCCAACUGCUGUGUUCCACCGUCUCGUUGCUGCCUGUCUAUCCAAAUAUUCAGUUGCAAAACAGGGGAAACAGUUCCUGAUUUUCUGUGGUUGUGGGAUCUUUGAUCUGAAUGGUGGGCUGACACGUCUGGUGGUGACUUUCUAUGACAACAUCAUUCAAAUUGGACUGUUCAGGUUCAGUAGAGAAAAAUGCGCACCAGAAACCUCUACAUGUGUUUUGGUACGACAAUUUGUAACAGAGACCCUGGAGCGUGUUCUGGGCCGAUACCACAUGAACUUGCCAUUCACACUGCAUUUGAAGUGUGGGAAAAGUCCCCUGCUAUCUCAUGAAGGCUUGCUGUCAGUAAAGGCUGUACAAUCAGGAGAUCAAGAUGUGGCGUGUCAUGACCAUGAGAAGGAAAGCCACAUCAUCAGCAGACGUUGCCUCCUACAGCUAUGGUUCCCUGAUCAGGUAUCAGCUACAGACACCAAUGAGGAAGUGGAUCAGUGCACGUCUGGCAACAACUUCGGACAACCAGGUGCUAUUCCAAAUGAGAAACUCCGUCGAAUAUCUACAAAAAUCGGCAAAGAAUUCAAAGCACUAGCUUGUCACCUUGGACUUAUAGAAGCAGAAAUCGACCAGAUUCAGUCAGAUCACCCUCACAAUACCAAAGAGCAGAUCUACCAAAUCUUAGUCAGCUGGACACAGAAAUCAGGACCACAAGCUACAGAGCAAUGCUUGAGAGAGGCUUUUAGAAAUUCUGGAAUCAAUGUAGAAAUUCUCUCUGAACCAGAAAUUUCUAGUCCAUUUUUAUAGUGCCAGGUUGGUAACUGUCUGCAAGUUUGCCGCUUCAGUACUUAAAAACUGUAGGAAAUUAUAUAUAUCUAUAUAGAUAUAUAUAGAUAUGUGUGUGUGUGGGGGUGAUUAGAGAUAUGCAAUGUGUAUAAGAAAUUAACUAUGUUACAGGCUAGUUUGCAUUUUGAUAUAUAGAUGAAGUGUUGUGUUUAGAGUUGCUAGAUAUGUGGAGUUUAUUAUGUAAGCAGUUUAGGACCACAGAUCGGCAUUAGAAUGAAAGUAAUUUCCUAUUAACAGAAGAAUGUGUUUUCUUUUUUCUGUCCCAAA